GUGACAGGCUGCGGGUGUGACAGGGUGUGAUCUUCUGUGUCACCGUAAUCAGGACUUAAGCCCAGGUGCUACUUAGACCUCCCAGGUGCUGAGAAGACUUCACUGAUUCUCCUCUUGGGUUGCAAAGGCUUUUAUGGACAAAUUCAAGCUGCAUUACAAGUGAAGAAAUGUUGGCUCUGAGAAGACAAGGAACUUGUUUCAGGCUGUGCAGUUUCUUGUUGGUUUGGUAUUGAAAUUUGUCAGUGUUUUCCUCAGGCUGAAUUUCUGUGGAGUAAUAGAGGACUUUGUUCUCCAAAAGAGAAUAUUGAAGAAGGAAGGAAGAAUGGCUGUUGGACUAUGUAAAGCCAUGUCCCAGGGUUUGGUGACCUUCAGGGAUGUGGCUCUAAAUUUUUCCCAAGAGGAGUGGGAAUGGCUGGACUCAUCUCAGAAGGAUUUGUACAGAGAUGUCAUGUUGGAGAACUACAGGAACUUGGUAUGGCUUGGACUUUCCAUUUCUAAGCCCAACAUGAUCUCCUUAUUGGAGCAAGGGAAGGAUCCUUGCAUGGUGGAGAGAGAGAUGUCAGAUGGUCAAUAUGCAGAAUGGGACUCUUUGUAUGAAAUCAAGGCAUUAUCUCCAAAAUGGUACACUGAUGAAGAGGAAAUAUCCCAGGGGAUGAUAAUGGAAAGACUUACAAGUUAUGGCCUUGAAUCCUCCAGUUUCAGAGAAGCCUGGAAAUAUGAGGGUGAAUUUGAGCAGCAUCAGGGAAAUCAGGAGAGUCAUUUCAGGCAAGUGACAACUCUUAAGGAAAUCUCUGCCAUGAAAAGAGACAAUGAAUAUAAUAAUUCUGAGAGAAAUGUUUUCUUGAACUCAGUACUUUUAACACAACAGAGAGUUCCCACAGUAGAGCAAGUACAUAAAUUUGAUAUUUAUGAUAAAAUGUUCCCCCCAAAUUCAGUUCUAACUGAACAUAAAAGACUACAUGCUGAGAAGGAAUCUUUGAUAGGUAAUGAAUGUGAAGAAUUCGACCAGAGUACAUACCUUAGUAAAGAUGCAGAAAUUCCUCCUGGGGAGAAACGUUACGAAAGUAAUGAUUUUUCAGAUCUCUUAAGUUUCCACUCAUUACUUACUCAACAUCACACAACUCAUCUUGGAAAAUUAUCCCAUGGAUACGUUGAAUGUGGUGCUGCCUUUAGCUGUUAUUCAUUCUUUACUCAACCUCAGAGGAUUCACAGUAGAGAGAAACCAUAUGCAUGCAAUGACUGUGGAAAAGCCUUUAGCCAUGACUUCUUUCUCAGUGAGCAUCAGAGAGCUCAUACUGGGGAGAAACCAUAUGAAUGUAAGGAAUGUAACAAAGCUUUCAGACAGAGUGCACACCUUGCUCAACAUCAGAGAAUCCACACUGGAGAGAAACCCUUUGCAUGCGGUCAAUGUGGGAAGGCCUUUAGCCGUUACGCCUUCCUUGUGGAACAUCAGAGAAUUCACACAGGAGAGAAACCAUAUGAAUGUAAGGAAUGUAACAAAGCCUUCAGACAGAGUGCACACCUUAAUCAACAUCAGAGAAUUCACACUGGAGAGAAACCCUAUGAAUGUAAUCAAUGUGGAAAAGCCUUCAGCAGACGCAUAGCCCUUACUCUGCAUCAAAGAAUUCACACAGGAGAGAAACCCUUUAAAUGUAAUGAAUGUGGAAAGACCUUUGGCUAUCGCUCACACCUUAAUCAACAUCAGAGAAUUCACACUGGUGAAAAGCCCUAUGAGUGCAUCAAAUGUGGGAAGUUUUUUAGGACUGACUCACAACUUAAUCGACAUCAUAGAAUUCAUACUGGAGAGAGACCUUUUGAAUGCAGUAAAUGUGGGAAAGCCUUCAGUGAUGCUUUAGUUCUAAUUCAUCAUAAGAGAAGUCAUGCAGGAGAGAAACCCUAUGAAUGUAACAAAUGUGGGAAGGCCUUCAGUUGUGGCUCAUACCUUAAUCAACAUCAGAGAAUUCAUACUGGAGAGAAACCUUAUGAAUGUAAUGAAUGUGGGAAGGCUUUCCAUCAGAUCUUGUCCCUUAGGCUACACCAGAGAAUUCAUGCUGGAGAAAAACCCUAUAACUGUAAUGAAUGUGGGAACAAUUUUAGCUGUGCUUCAGCUCUUCGACGACAUCAGAAAAUUCAUAAUAGAGAAACUCUCUGAUUAUGUAUAACAAGUAUAAGAAAGAAAACAUGUAGUCACCAUUCAGUCCUUAUUAAAUAAAUAUCAGUGAGUUCUUCAGUUAGUAAUUCUAUGAAUGUAGUACCUAUGGAGAAACCUUCAGUUCAUGAGCAUCCCUUAUUUGAAAUAGCCUGAGUGGUAGACAUCUGUUACUUUGGGAUCUGUUCUGUACCCUAUUUGAGACUUACCUCACCCUCAAUGCAUAUAAUUCUGAUGAAAUUGUUUAAUCAGGGAGAGCAGUAGAUUGGUCAUAGGCAGGUCAAUUAUUUUCUUCAACCUCAUGAUAGAUAAGGGAUUUACAAAUGGCCCUGUCUAGACCAGUAGAGUCCUAGGGGGUUAUUGUUAUGGGUAGUAAGAAAAGAUUUUUUCCCCCACCCCAGAAUUGCAAGUUUCAAGGAUUUAGUAAGGUUAAAAACUCACCAGUAGCCUUUUUGCCACCACAUGAAGAAAACCUUCCCAGGAUAAAUCUGACACAAAGGAAAACUGAGGUCAGAGACAGAAAUCUGAGGAUGCUGUUUGAUCUUCUGGAUCCAGUCACGUUUGAAGCCGACACCAUCUUUUACUUUUUCAUUUUUGU